AUGAACAGUUGGUUUUUAUUGCUCAUUGCAGCAAGGAGUGUGGCGGCUAUUUACGAAAGUUUGCAGUUUCCUGAGUCUCCGGUGCAUUAUGACAAGUAUCAGAAACAGUGUGGAAUUGCAGUGCGAUGUGAAACAGAUAUCAGUUGUCCUAGGGUUUGCGAUCGUAAUGAAGUCGAAUCUUGGGCUCAAAAACAAGCUGCCGUACAGGUAGAAGAAAAUUGCGCGCUGUCGGAUAAAAAAAGUUUUUUGAUUGGUGCUGAUGAAUUCGAUUACGGGUUAUUUGCCACUUGUGGAUUAACUGCAGACGAGGAGAUUGGUGUGAAGAAUACCAUUACCACGGAGAUUUUUUUGCAACAUCUGAGCAAACAAGGACAAUGUGCCGUAAGAAACUAUCUGGAAGGAAGGUGUUAUAAUGUAAAUUCUUCACUCUCAUUGGAUCAGUGUCACCAUAAGAAGCUGUACAAAUGUGAUUCAACUUAUCCGUUUCGUUCAUAUGACGGAGUGUGCAAUAAUUUGGGCCACGCAACUUGGGGACAAGAAGGCAAUCCGUUGAAACUAGAAAUUGCGCCAUGUUUUGCUGACUUUAUAUCGCAGCCACGACUAGCUUUUGAUGGGCGAGUCUUGCCAGAUAAUCGCCAGCUGAUGUUGGAUGUUCAACGGGCACUCCGUAGUGAAUUUGGGCCACCUCAGCAUAUUGUAAACAUGUUUCAAGUGAUCUUUAGCGAGUUUAUUCAUUCGGACAUCAUUGGUCGAGCAUUAAAGAGAUCUUGUAGAAGAACAAAAGGCUUCAGAGGAUGCAGAGCCGAUGGAACUAGCGAAAGUCGAUACAAGUCACCUUUAGCUUCUACGAUCAAAGUGUUGUACAACGAUUCAAUUUAUGGUCCCCAGAAUGUCGAAUGUCUUAACUUUAGCCCAAUUGAAAAUGCUAACGAUCAGUGCAAAUCGACUUAUGCUACCAAGCGUAAUAUAGCAACAAGUUAUUUGGAUCUCUCCAUAAUCUUCGGUGAUGGAAAGUACGACGCAUCUGGCAAACUCGAAACGUAUUAUUGCCAGGCUGCCGAUGUCGUUGCUAACCACAAUACAAAUUCCAUACAGUUUUUAGCUAUUGCAGGGUUAUUCACGCAACUGCAUAACGAUUGUAUUGAAAGAAUGCAAGUCUGUAAGCAAAAAAGAACCAUUGAAGACGUCGUGGAGCGCUGCCGUUCGUUGACGAUAGCAGUCUACCAAAAAAUAGUAUAUGAAGAGCUUUUCUUGUCACUGUUUGGUAAAGACUUUUACAAGCAGUGUAAUUUCGAUAUAGAAUACAAUCCGAAUCUAGAAUCAGCAGUCUCGUCGAUGUAUGCUAAUGGACCUGGUCGGUUUCAGCACGUUUGGAUACCGGAGAAUUUAACUUACCAACAGAAGCAAUAUCCAUUUGACGUAUUUUUCAAUGAUCUCGAGCGAUUUGAGUGUGGCAGCGUUGUAGAUGGUAUGUUUGAUGAUCAUAUUUUUAUUAAUGGAUUGUCGAACUCGAUGAUGAAUAAAAUUUUCUCGAAAGAUGGAGUAAGAGGACAUUGCCUGCCGUGUCUCGAUCUAGAACGUGGCCGUGAUGCAGGAGUUUGUCCUUUGCUGUCAUACAGGCAUUACCUAGAUACAAUUAGUAAUGCCCAUCCACAAAAAUGUUACAAUUCGUUCGAUGAUUUAGAGGAUAUGUUUGACGCUGAAUUGGUUGAUGUGCUAAAGUCACACUUCAGUUCUCCGUUUGAUAUUGACCUGUUGUUUUCGAUAUUCGAGAGGGACCGGCCCAAAGGUACUUUGUUACCUUCAACGGUUGCAUGGGCAACGUGUUUGGAGUUCAAACGGUUGAAAAGCAGUGAUCGGUUUUUCUACAGCUGGAAUGAGUUCCUAUCGUUUGCUGCUAAGGAAUUGAUCGAAACAAUUGAUAUUAAAACGUUACUUGCACUCUACGGAGGGAUUGAUCGUGUUCCUGUUAAUCCCUUUGUUACACAUUCGGAUAGAGUUUCUGCCCAAUAUCUUCGUAAUAUAGUAAACAGUAAAGCUUCGACGUUUUGUUACUUAUAG